UGCGCAGCGUAGUUACGCUUACCUCGCAAUUCUCAGACCAUUCAGAAAGUUGGCUAGACAAACUCUCAAGAGCAGCCGCAAGAAAAAUAUAGCCAACAAAACAUUUCAGUGUCGUUGGAUUACAUUGAAAAUCUCUUGGAUAACAUGCAAUCUACAGUUUUUACCAUCUUGUUUGUCAAAGUAUGUUUAACUUUACAUGGAAUUACAGCAGUGUUAGCCGAACUUCCAAGUCCCAGUAACAUCAGGAUAAACUCUGUCAACAUGGGACUAGUGUUGGAGUGGGAUGCACCUCAGAACCACACAGAAAACAUAACCUACAGAGCAGAGUACAGGGGCUUGGUCAGCAGCAAUGAGGUUGUAUGUUGGAACACAACAGCCCAAAGCUGUGACUUCACCAGUCAUCUAAACAAAUUUGGAGUGUACAUUUUCCAAGUGAGGGCAGAACGAGAGGGGGACACAUCUCGCUGGAUGAAGACUGAGUGGUUUGUCAUGGAUGAACACACCACGCUAGGCCCUCCCGGUGUGACGCUCGUCUCCAGUGGUGCUGUCAUUGAAGUGAGCAUCAACGACCCAGUGCUCAGGAUCUCUGAGUUCAAAGACGUAUACAACCACGCAAACUUUAAGAUCACCUACUGGAAAGAGGGACAGGAGGAGAAGGCCACAAGUAUGAAUGAGACCCCACUGCGUAAAGUGGUCUUGGCGCUGGAGCCAUGGACCAGGUACUGUGUUCAGGUCUGGGUGUACACCCAGAGGUUCUCCAAACACAGCCAGCCCAGCAAUGUUACAUGUGAGAGCACCGCUAAGGGCAAUGACAGGCCUUGGUUGGUAGCCCUGGGGACGUUUGUGGUGAUGGCUUUGGCAGUGGCCCUGCUGGCCCUGGCCUUCUGGUACUGCUACAGGGUGGUCUGCUUCCUCAGACCCAAGGCCAAGCUGCCUGAACAUUUCACAGAGCUGUUGGAUCCCCCAUGCUCCUCCAUCCUGGCCAUACAGAGCAGCCCCCAGCCUGAGGAGGUGUACCAUGAGCUCCGCGUCAUGCCAGGUGGGGCAUAGACAAAGGAGAGCUCUAUCCGCUGGUCGGAAGAAUGUAAUACACACAGACUGGGAGAAAACACACAGACCGUCUGGCUGUGUUCGAAAGUAUCAAAACUGUGAAUUGAGACUGACUGACAGAUCUACAAAUAAUAUUGAAAAGUUAUUUACGUUGCAAGGUGAUUUGUUGAUCAGCCAUUCUCGACUCGCCUUUAAAGUCGGCUGCAAUGUCGAACACGCCCGAAGUGGGUGGGGAAGAUAUGGGUCAAAAAUAGGAAGUGAGUAGUCCGAUGUGAAGUAAGAUAAGAGAAAAAUGACUGAAAUAGAUGGCAGAAAAGAGGAUGUGUAUCUUAUUGAGAAAUAAUAUUCUGACAUCUGGGAUUUAGUGAUUUUUAUUAAUGUUGAUGAAAUGCUAAGAGAGCUACUUACGGUGAUGUGUUUAUUUAUGUGACCUUUAUGUGUAUGAUAAUGAUCAAUAUUGCCUAUCAUUCAUUAUGGCCAUGCAUGGUAAGCCUACACUGGCAUUUUUUGGGGUCCAUGGCAACGGAAUGGCUCAACCACUGUCAUCAGAGAGACUUACAACACAGUCUAAAUGGCACAACACCAGGAAGGGAGUAUUACAUGGUCUGUGUUUAUGCCUUGAUGCACUCUGUGUUUGUUCCUAUAUGUCUCUGUGUGACUCUGUGUUUGUGAAGGAUAUUAAAGGACCAAUGCAGCCAUUUUUAUCUAAAUAUCAAAUCAUUUAUGAGUAACAAUGAAAACAAUCAGAGUAAGGUACUUCAAUUAAAAUAGUUAAAAGGAAACAAAUAGCUUUUUAUCAAAGAGCAACUUCUUAAUCAAGACAUUUGCUUGGACGGUCUGGGAGUGCUUUAGGCAAAAACAGAAAAUGAACUGUUUUUGGCAGAGAGGUUUGGAACUCUUUCUUAUUGGUCUAUUAACUAAUUUACCACAUGGUGAUGUUACCAUGGAAGGCCAAAACUCCAUCCUACAUAAAAAGGCUGAAAUUUCAGACGGUCUUUUCAAACAGCUCUUAUACUUAAAAGACAUUAUCAUAAUUUCACAGUAUUAUUCCAAGCUCAUAGUGUGGAAAUUUAAAACACAGGUAACUCACGUUUUUGACUGCAUUAGCCCUUUAACAGUUGAAGGUACUUUAUUAGCACUUGGAAGAUGUCGUUUGACAUUUGAAGUCAUGUUUUAUAGACUUUUUACCAUUUGAUAUUGUGGGAGACCACACACAAACAAGUAAAAAAUGUGCCCAACAGUUAAAAAUGACUUGCCAAGGGAAUAAAUAUAUAUUUUUAAAUGCUCAUAAA